CCUCCUAUGUACUUUGUAUCGCCGGGGCGAACCGAGACAUACUCCCGAAUCCGGAUCCCGGCAAUGACAUCUCCCCGAUAAAUCCAAACAGGCUGACGACCAUGGCUCGAUCACCAGGGAAUCACAUCUCCCCGUUCCACUUCUACCCGUAAAAGACCGACACAGCCCAGACGCGAUCUCCUCUCCAGUCUACCAAAGCCAAUCAAUCGUUGAAGUGCAAACAUGAACGCGGCCAGGGACGCAGAGACUCGGGAGCCGGACUCCACAGCCGGCAAGUAUCUCUGCUUGACCAUCUGUGGUUACCGGAAGCCGGGGAUGAGUGAGGAAGACUACCGCAACCACAUGGUCAACGUGUCUGCUCCCAUGACUAAGCCUCUCAUGGUGAAGUAUGGUAUCAAGAGAUGGACUCAGAUCCACAACCAGAGCGCAACCCGUGCUUUGAUGCCCCAGUUGUUCGACCCGCAGAUGGCCAAUAUUGCCGACUUUGACUGCUUCAGUCAGGUCAUCUUCAAAGACAUUGAGGAUUACAAGCGGUUCAAGCAGGACCCGUGGUACAAGGAGCACUUGUAUGACGAUCAUAAACAAUUUGCUGAUACAAAGCGAAGCAUGAUGACAAUCGGAUGGGUCGAGGAAUUUGUUAGGGAUGGUGAAGUUGUGGAUGGUUUCAGGGGUUAGGAGGAUUUAGUUUCCACAGGCAUCUUGUCGGUUAAAUAAAUAGCCACUAUGGUAAGACAUAUCAAAAGAACCCAAGCGUGUUGUCCUGGAUGCAGAGUUCCUUGAUA